CGUAAAACCGGCGCCUUAAAUCCACCGUGAUCACAGGCCUAGGCAGCCAACGAAGGGUACCGAGUCUCGUGCUUGACCGCAUUGGUCCGGACCACAGCCGUGUUGCACGCAUAAAGCCGUGCGUAGAGGUCGCAAGCAAAAACCAGCAGCAGCCCAGAGCUCCAAGAAAGCCAAGAUGCCCGCCUCCGGCCAGCACAUCACGGGCAGCAAGGCCGACAUCUUCACGCCCGUCAAUCCUUUAGGCGGCGCCGCGACGGAUGAGGACAAGUCCAUCCAGGAGGCGAUGACCGAGGAGGUCGACAAGCGCAUGCGUAACGCGGUGGAGGAUUUACGGGAGAAGUACGCGACUGGUGGUUCCAAUGUCGAAACUUCGGAACACGGCCCUUCCGGUGCGGCGUACCGGCAGAAGCAGCAGGCCAUUGACAAUGCGAAAGCCAAGAAGCGCGCCGAGCGAUACCUGAAGGAGCAGGAGCGAGCGGAACAAGUCCGACGGCAGGCCGCGGAGCAAAUCAUCGAAGAGGAGGGCGUCGGCGAAUCGAGUGAUGAUGACGAGUAUCUUGAUGGGUUGGAGGACGACGGCGACAUUUUACAAAAUUUAAGGAACAAGCGACUCGCGCAGAUGAAGGCCCAGCACCAGGAGAAGAUCGAGAAUUUACAAAAGGGCCACGGCCGCUACCACGAGAUCUGCCAGGACGACUUUUUAAAUGACGUCCUCAAGUCGAAGAACACGCUGGUCCACUUCUACCACGCGGACUUUGAGAACUGUAAAGUGAUCGAUCAUCAUUUGGCGAUCCUCGCGCCGAGACACGUGGAAUGUAAGAUGAUGAAGAUGGACGCGGCCAAGUCGCCCUUCUUCGUGCAGAAGCUGCAGGUGCGGGUCAUGCCGACCGUCGUCGUCUUCCGGGACGGCGUCGCGUCUGCGAGGUUGGUCGGCUUCGACGGCCUCACGGACGACCUGAAGGCGGGCCACGAGAACGAGUUCAAGACCGAAGUGUUGGAGGGCUGGCUGGCGAAGGCCGGCUGCAUCGAGUACGAGGCGACGGCGUCGGAGGCGGAGCUGGCCAAGUACACGCUCGAGGGCGCGCGGCGCGCGCAGAUGAUCGGCUACGCGGACGGCAUCGACGACGUCGAGCAGGACGCGGAGGCAAUGUCUCUCAACCAAUGAUAGGCUACUAACUCUUCAGGUUUGCGGGGAACCCAC